CGGUGCCGCCGUCCUCGGUUUGAAGGUCCCGGCAGAGCGGCUGGCGUGGGUGUGCUCGGGCGUCGGGGUACGCGCCUCUGGGACUCUUGAGAAUCUUGAGAGUCCGCGUGGGGCGGCUCAGCGCCCAGGCAGGCGGAGACCGCGGGGUUCCGGGCCGGCCCCUUCUCUCCUGUCCAGUCAGUGAUGUGAAUAGAUUUUUGAUGAUCAGACCUGUCCACACGAAGUGAAAGUGAUCUGGCACGUCUGCUCUUCGGUACAAACUGAGAACUGAUUGGCACCAUGAAGGUCUUCUGUGGGCGGGCCAAUCCCACCACAGGAUCUGUGGAGUGGCUAGAGGAGGAUGAACACUAUGAUUACCACCAGGAGAUUGCCAGGUCAUCCUAUGCUGAUAUGCUGCACGACAAAGACAGAAAUAUAAAAUAUUACCAGGGCAUCCAGGCAGCUGUGAGCCGGGUGAAAGACAGAGGACAGAAAGCCUUGGUUCUUGACAUUGGCACCGGCACAGGACUCCUGUCAAUGAUGGCAGUCACAGCGGGUGCCGACUUCUGCUAUGCUGUCGAGGUUUUCAAGCCUAUGGCUGAUGCUGCUGUGAAGAUUGUGGAGAAAAAUGGCUUCAGUGAUAAGAUUAAGGUUAUCAACAAGCAUUCCACUGAAGUGACUGUCGGGCCAGAUGGUGACAUGCCAUGCCGUGCCAAUAUCCUCAUCACGGAGCUGUUUGACACGGAGCUAAUUGGGGAGGGGGCGCUGCCCUCCUAUGAGCACGCUCACAGGCAUCUCGUGCAGGAAAAUUGUGAGGCGGUGCCUCACAGAGCAACCAUCUAUGCGCAGCUAGUGGAGUCAAGAAAGAUGUGGUCGUGGAACAAGCUGUUUCCCAUCCACGUUCAGACCAGCUGUGGAGAGCAGGUCAUCGUCCCCCCGCUGGAGCUGGAGAGGUGCCCCGGCGCACCCUCUGUCUAUGACAUUCAGCUGAACCAGGUGUCGCCCACUGACUUCACUGCCCUCAGUGACGUGCUGCCUAUGUUCAGCGUGGACUUCAGCAAGCAAGUCAGUAGCUCGGCAGCCUGCCACAGCAGGAAGUUUGAACCUCUGGCAUCUGGCCGAGCGCAGGUGGUUCUCUCCUGGUGGGACAUUGAGAUGGACCCUGAGGGGAAGAUCAAGUGCACGAUGGCCCCCUUCUGGGCGCACUCAGACCCAGGGCAGCUCCAGUGGCGGGAUCACUGGAUGCAGUGUGUGUACUUCCUGCCAGAAGAGGAGUCAGUCGUCCAGGGCUCGGCCCUCUGCCUGCUGGCCCACCACGACGACUAUUGCAUCUGGUACAGCCUUCAGAGCACCAGCCCCCAAAAGAAUGGGAAAGUCCCCUCAGUGCGCCCAGUGUGCGACUGCCAGGCUCACCUGCUCUGGAACCGGCCUCGGUUUGGAGAAAUCAACGAUCAGGACAGAACUGAUCAAUACGUCCAGGCCCUGAGAACCGUGCUGAAGCCAGACGGUGCCUGCCUGUGUGUCAGUGAUGGCAGUCUGCUCGCCAUGCUGGCCCAUCACCUUGGGGCUGAACAGGUGUUUAUGGUAGAGAGUUCUGCAGCUUCUCAUAGACUGAUGAAAAAGAUCUUCAAGGCUAACCACUUGGAAGAUAAAAUUAAUAUAAUAGAGAAGCGUCCUGAAUUGCUAACAUCCGCAGACUUGGAGGGUAAAAAAGUCUCUCUCCUCCUGGGUGAGCCAUUCUUCACCACCAGCCUGCUGCCAUGGCACAACCUGUACUUCUGGUACGUGAGGACUGCCGUGGACCAGCACCUGGAGCCUGGUGCCGUGGUGAUGCCCCAUGCUGCCUCACUGCACGCAGUGGUGGUAGAGUUCAGGGACCUGUGGCGGAUCCGGAGCCCCUGUGGAGACUGUGAAGGCUUCGAUGUGCACAUCAUGGAUGACAUGAUUAAGCAUGCCCUGGACUUCAGGGAGAGCAAGGAGGCCGAGCCCCAUCCUCUGUGGGAGUACCCCUGCCGCAGCCUCUCUGACCCCCAGCAGAUCCUCACCUUUGAUUUUCGGCAGCCAGUCCCCGUGCAGCCUGUCCGUGCUGAGGGCUCUAUUAAACUAAGGAGGCCUGGGAGGAGCCAUGGGGCUGUCCUGUGGAUGGAAUACCACCUGACCCCAGACAGCACUGUCAGCACCGGUCUCCUGGAGCCUGCAGAGGACAAGGGAGACUGUUGCUGGAACCCCCACUGCAAGCAGGCUGUGUAUUUCUUCAGCACCACGCUGGACCCCAGAGUGCCACUGGAUGGCCCUCAGACUGUCAGCUACACUGUGGAGUUUCACCCCCACACUGGAGAUGUCACCAUGGAUUUCUUGCUCUCAGAUGCCCUGGACGGUGGGCACUGACCCUCACUUGUUGAGAAAUAAAGUGGCCCAAGGGCUCUGGGCUCGGAAUGCUGUGGCUUUCUGCCAAGGACUGUGAAGGCUUUUCUUCCAGGGCCUGCCUGGCCUCCCUUUCUGCAUCUUUGCACCUCCAGCUCCUUGCUCCAGAUGUGCCAGCCAGAAUGAGCCGCUAGUCAAAUUUGGGGCUGAGGAGGGUCCAGGAGCCCACCCUGCUGUGGUUCUGUGCUGCUCAGAAAGCUCCAAGGCACGCAGUGUUUCUUUUGCCCUCCCGAAAGGGAGUGGCGCCCAAGUCUGCUGGCUGAAGAGCAGUGCGAGGCAGCGUGUGGCUCACAGCUGGGAGUUACCCUGGCCUGCUCUGUGGACCUCUAGGUCCUACCUGCUUGACUUGGGCUAGGAGGGACUUCUAGGGGCGGAGAUGCUGAUUUGUGCCUGAGCUCUAGGCCUUGCAGACCUUGGCAGGGGCAAGCUGAAGACUGACCCUUUCACCCACUGGGUAAAUCACUGAGCCACAUUCAUGAGUGUCUGGACCUGAGACCCAGACAGCAGGUUGCUUGGGGAUAGGGGGAGGGGGGCGGAGGCUAUCCCAAAGCUGUCCAGAGCUUCAGGCCCAGGGACUCAGCCAUCAGUGGCAGGAGCCAAAAGUACAGCCUUUUGCAUGCGCUGCAUUCCAGCAGAAGGCCCUCCCACCCCUCAGAAGUCUCUGGGCCAAUGGGCACAUGUGGUGCAAGAUCACCCCGGCCUCGGCCUUCCUGUUCCCCACAUAGCAUGUUCUUGUGCUGUUUACUCCCGGUUCUCAGAGGGGACAAAGCACACCCUGAGUAAGAGAACCCAACAGUCUAACUUCUUGGUCGUUCAGGGCAGACUUAGGCUGUACCCAUCCUGUGGGGAGGCAGGGAAGGCAGUCCCCGGCAGCUGUCCCCUACUACCCAUCAGGCGGCGCAGCCCCAGCUUGUCCGCAAAUAAGUGGAGAACACAAACUUGAGCCUCACAGUUUUAUUUUCUCCUCAUUAUCCAUCCUUCCUUUCAGCACCAAUAAAGGAAAAAAACACCUCUCUUUUCAAAAUAUUUUAUCAGGUGUAAAGGUUGUUUUUCUUCAAGGGAAGAAUCGUCUGGAUAUAUAUUUGAUAAUGUUUUUACCAAAACCUUAGGUGUGCUUACCAUAUAAAACCCCUAAUGUCCCAUGAGGAUACAAUACAGAAAAAAAUACAGAAAUUAAAAAAGUG